AUGCAAAUCUUUGUAAAAACUCUCACUGGAAAAACUAUUACACUUGAAGUUGAACCAAGUGAUACAAUCGAAAAUGUAAAAGCAAAAAUACAAGACAAAGAAGGCAUUCCACCUGAUCAACAACGUCUUAUUUUUGCUGGUAAACAACUCGAAGAUGGUCGUACACUCAGUGAUUACAAUAUUCAAAAAGAAAGUACACUUCAUCUUGUACUUCGAUUACGUGGUGGUAUGCAAAUUUUUGUGAAAACUCUUACCGGUAAAACAAUUACGUUGGAAGUCGAACCAAGUGACACAAUCGAAAAUGUAAAAGCAAAAAUACAAGACAAAGAAGGUAUCCCACCUGAUCAACAACGUCUUAUCUUCGCCGGUAAACAACUCGAAGAUGGUCGCACAUUGAGUGAUUAUAAUAUUCAAAAAGAAAGUACACUUCACCUCGUACUUCGACUUCGAGGCGGUAGUGAUCAAUAA